UGGGGGAGGCGCAGGUCGAGAGGGAAGGGGCAGUUCGAUGGGGAAUGGGGAAGGAGCUCACUCACGGGCGUCGAGGGUACCCUCCCUGCUGUCGAAGGCACUGCUUGGCAUUCGCUUUCGCCCUCCUCCACGCUCACACUCCCUCCGCCGACCGCUUUUCUUCGCCGUCCCCUUCCUGCACUUCCACCCUCGAGCUCUCCUGCACAGCGCGUGUAGCUCCACCCCUCCCCUGCCAGACGCCGAAAAUGAGAUGAUUCCAUUCCCAGUCUGACCCGUGGUCCACAUCUCUCCUGCGCCCAUCUCGCGUAUCCACGCUACUCCUUUCGCGUGCCCGGGCCCUUCUCUGCCUGUGUUCCAUCGUCGCGUCCUUCCCCUCCGUCGUCGCCCGCACUUGAUCGCCCUUCGCACCGACAUCCUCAUGAGACGACACGCUCCCCUUCGCCAUGUCUCCACUGGCUGAAAGGCAGCGGGAAAACGGGUCGUCGUUCGAUAUGAGCAGUCGAACGCGCCCACCUUCGCU